UGAUAUAGUUUUACGGGUGGAUGAUCCGGUGUUUUAGCACCAUCUGCUGGCGGACAACACAACACAUUCCAACAGGGCUUCCUUAGCACCGACGCGACGAGCCACGCUUCCUUAGCAACGGCCUGAUGUAAACAUUGCAGUGAGCAAAAUAAAAAGGAAAAUCAUAAGUGCGGCUCGGUACUGGAGUAUUGAUAUGUUUUCCCUGUUGAAAGGUAUGUUUACACUUAACAGGCAUCACGCAGCUGUUGAACUUUAUAGUGGAGAUUAGAUAAACUGAUUUGUUGUAGUGGUAAAUCAUGGAGUGUGAAGGAAUUUGACUUGGUCACCUGCUGGGCUCUGGACUAGUAUGCAGUUGGACAUACACAAACAGGGGAUCAUGACACAGAAUGAAAAGCAGAGACUAACUGGAGACGAAGAAAUUAUAAAAGAGCUGUGUGUGUCUAAUGGACUCUGCUAUGAGAAGGUGUGUCAGGAGGGGUGUGGUGAAAUGGUUCUGGAGAUGUUUUUCUCUGGUUUCCCGCGCAUGGUGGGCCUCUCUCUCUUUCCCAGACUGUCCAGUCUCACUAUUAUAGGCCAGAGCAUCAGCUCAAUCCAUGGUCUGGAGUAUUGCCCACUCCUCAAAGAAUUAUGGGUAGUGGAGUGCAAACUGAAUGAAAUCUGUGGCCUACAUAACUCUGUGCAUCUGCAGAAAUUAUUUCUGUACGACAACGACAUCCAGCAGAUCACAGAUCUAGAGAUGUUGGUUGACCUUCACAUUCUGUGGCUUAAUAAGAACCAGAUCUCUGACAUACAGGGAUUGAAUUCACUUGUAAGCCUUAAGGAGUUGAAUCUUGCUGAUAAUGCUAUUGAGACUCUUGGUCAUAGUUUGGAUCCCAACAUCAAUCUCCAAAAUCUAAACCUCUCAGGGAACAAAAUCAGUUCCUUCAAGGAACUGACCCAUCUGGCUCGGCUGCCCCGACUAAGACACCUGAGUCUGAAGGACCCUCAGUCCAUUCCAAACCCGCUGUGUCUGCUCUAUAAUUACUACAUACACGUCCUAUAUCACAUGCCACACCUGCAACGCCUGGACACAUAUGACAUAUCCAGCAAACAUCUCAAAGACACUGCAGAGUCUACAGUGCUGAAGAAAAUGAUGUAUUACACCAUGCGGGAACGUUGUGCGCUAAGACAGUUUGAUGACCUUAAAGCCAAGCUCAGGCAGCAGAGGAGAGACCAGAUACAACUACCAGAGGAGAGAAUACGAGUGCUAACACAUGUGUUUAGAAAUAUGGAAUGUGAGCUGUCCCAUGUACAGUCUGCUGGUAAGGGAGAUCCUGAAGACUUGACCUCUGACCUUCGUAAUGACCACAGCCAUGAGCAGAGACUGCAGCACAAACUGAAUGCUCUUAAAGACCGACUGAAGUUCUGGAAGCGGCACCUGGAGGAGGUAGAAGCAUGUCACCAACAUAAUGUGGCCUUGGCCUCAGAUAGAAGGGAUAUUACGGUGCACUUUUUGCUGUUGGAGCUGGAAACCGUGGGGAACAUUCGCUUUGAGGAGGGAAACACUGGCGAACCUUGGUUCACGUCAUGUUACGAUCUCUUGCUGUCUCGUUUCUGUGUGUGGGAUUAUAAACCUCACCACAUCACUGGCAUUAAAAUCAAUCGAAUCAUCCGUAUCCAUAACCGAGCCCUGCGGCAACGCUUCCAGGACAAAGUACACUCUCUGCUAUGCAGACAGGAACCUUCACCCUACUCACAGAACUAUAAAUGCUGCAUGGAGUAUCUGUUCUACGUGCCCGAUCCAGAACAUUCCUGUGAAAGCGUUGAGAUACUACAAACCCUAGAAAAUGGUUUUAAAACUGCUAAUGCAUAUAAGGCGUUAGGCAGAGAGAGAGCCGUCCCCCUCUCUAACAGUGUGAGUGUGUCUGAUCGACUGCGAAUGACAUUUAUGCAGAAGAAGAGUUGCUCAACAUCAGGAAGUAGCCCUGUAGACCGUCUUCCCUUCAGACAUGGUCAGUUGAUAAUUUCUAAAGUGUUCCUGGGCCGCAGUGCUGCAGCAAAGGAGGGUCUCCUAAUAGACUGUGAUCAUUACCCUAAAGCGAACUCUGUCUACCUCAGUACCUGCUCUAAAGAGCAAAAACACACAGCACAAACAGCCCCUGACUUGCUGGGUCUCUCCAGCCUGCCGGACAGCUGUGACUGUAGACAGCAACAGAAACUGUGGUACAUGUUUGACCAUGAAAUGGUCCUGCCAGAGUACCUUGUAGACUUUGAAUAUGUAACAAAGGACACAUCCCAGCCCUCUCCAGACUUCCCGUCCAGUUCUCAUACAUCCCCUGCUGAUGCCCCAUCUGUGUCUCUUGCUGAGCUGGACCUGGAUGAGGAGGCAUUAAAAAUGGAACCCAUCCUGAAGCCUCACCCCAAGCUGCUCAGUCUAGAUGAUCAAUCCAUACUGACAGUGGCCAGAGCAAACGUCCUCAGUCAGAUCACAGUACUGAAUCUACAUGGCAACAGUCUGAAUAAACUGCCUGAGAUUUCUCGACUAACGGCUCUAAAGCAUCUGACCCUCAGCUUCAAUGAGUUCACUCAUUUGGACGAUAUUUCACACAUGCCAAACCUGGAGUAUCUGGAUGUUAGUUUUAACCAUAUUUCCUCUCUGGAGGGUCUGCGUGGACUUGGUCGACUCAUAGAACUGGAUCUUCGCUGGAAUCAAUUGACCCGAAUCAGGGAUGACAUGAACAUUUUGCGUAAACGCACACCAGCCCUGCUCCGACUGGACACACGGCACAAUCCUUGGCACAGGAACGAGUGUGUGCGUAUGGUGGUUCUUGGUCUGUUGAAGACUCUCACUCAUUUGGAUGAUGUUUUAGUGAUGGAGGAGGAAGCAGGUGCUGCUAUUCAAGUGGCUGCCCAAUCUAGAAUCAACCAGGCAUCUCUGAUGACCCACUCUCGGACUGACAGUGAACGUCCCCGCAGUCUGAGUUUGCUCUCUUCUGCUCACCUGCUCACACAGAUCAGCCCAUCUCCAUGGAAACACUCACAAGAGCUUGAGUUAGGCUGGACCACCAAAAUCACCGCACUGAAUCUUGAUGGCCAGCGGUUGACCCGGCUCAGUAAUCUUGACCGACUAGUGAAUCUAUGCUGGGCUUCAUUUGACAAUAAUGAAUUAACCCGAAUUGAGGGUCUGGAAUACUGCCCCCUACUGGAGGAACUUUCUCUUAAUAACAACAGUAUCACCAGACUGGAAGGUUUGUGUGCUAUGCAUCGUCUGACUCGUCUGAGCAUUAACAGCAACCACCUACAGUGUUUAGACGGGGAUGUUUUGGACCAGCUACCCAACCUUCACUUCCUGUCUGUCGAGAACAACAUCAUCUCCUCUCUUCAUGGACUUCAAAGGUCACGGUCCUUAUUUGAGCUGUAUGUCGGCAACAAUGACAUCAGCACCACCCGAGACAUAUACCACUUAAAGGCACUGUCUAGUUUAAUUAUUCUGGAUCUAUACGGGAAUCCCCUAGUAAACAAACUCGAGAACUACAGGAUCUACAUGGUUUUCCAUCUGCCUUCACUCAAAGCACUGGAUGGAGUAGCCGUGGAAACGUGUGAAUCAGAAACUGCUAAAGACGUGUUUGGAGGGCGGCUCAAUGCAGAUAUGGUGGCUGAGAAGCUCGGCCAUACCAACCUCAGAGACCUGUCAGAGCUCAACCUGCAGUCCAGCUCAGUCAGGAUGGUGGAUCUUGCUCCUGCUGAUUUGUUCAGUAAUUUACGCAGUAUUAAUCUAGAACACAAUAACCUCACCUCAUUCAGCAGUCUCAUCUUCCUGCCCAACAUUAAGGUGUUGUCUCUGAACUAUAACCACAUUGAGUCAAUUCUGCCACGUCAAAAAGUUCAGAAUCACAUGAGCAACAAGCAGAUUCUCUAUCAUAAAGUCAGUUCCAGUGGAUAUGGGCAGCAAAACAGCAGGCCCAGCAGGGAGGGACCUACUGAUAAUCUGGAGCCUCUGAUGUCCAGUUUGGAGGUUUUGCAUUUAGGUUAUAAUGGUAUAUCCAACCUGAUCAAUCUACAGAUCAGCCGACUGACUAACCUCAGAGCACUGUUCCUACAAGGGAAUGAUAUCAGUCGGGUAGAUGGACUGGAUGGUUUGCGGGGACUGCGUGAGUUGGUUCUGGAUCGAAAUCGAAUUAAAUCUUUGAGUGAGAGCUCAUUCUGUGGACAGAGAGUUCUGCUGGAUUUGCACUUGGCAGAGAAUCGCAUCCGUGAACUGAACCACCUUCUGCCUCUCACUGAGCUCCGGAGACUGUUCUUAGACAUGAACAAAAUACAGGACAUUUUAGAGUUGGAGAAAUUGGAGGUGCUUCCUUCUCUAAUAGAACUGUCUGUAAUGGGCAACCCAGUGGCACGGCAAUCACUGCACAGGCCAGCAGUGGUACUGCAUUUGUCUACACUGCAGGUUCUGGAUGGCAUGACAGUCACCCUGGAAGAAAGAACUAGAGCAGAGCUUUUAAAUAAUGAAGCACAGGGUUCUAGUUCAGGUGGUGAAAUGACUUUACCCGGUUUGGUACCAUUGGUGGCCCGACCAGCUCCUUUAAGAGGUACAGGCAUACACACUCUCGUACCUGAUCAGCAAGAAGACACUCAUGAUACCAGCAGAUAUAAGAAGCAGAAGACAGUUGUCUCUCUCUUGCGUGGAGUUCAGAGUUACAUCAACUUCAGGCAGAUAAGAGGAUCUUCCAGCCACUACAUGACAGCGCUGCAGCAGACCGGAUAUAGAGUUCUCUCCACUUUCCCUAACACUGAUCCUGAGACCAGGUACCAGUGUCACAGUGUACCCAGACCUCCUCCUCCUCCUCCUCCUCCUCCUCCUCCUCUGUAA